UUCUUAGGUCUCUCAUCAUUUUGUUUGCGAAAGCACAUAAAAAACAAAAUAAUGAAUUCGGAAGACAAACGAAACCCAAAUUAUUCCGGCGAAGAAGAGGAUUCCUGGAUGAACAGCUAUUACGUCUGCCUGGUAUGCAUGCAGACUGCUGAAUCGCCGAGGGUCAGUUUUUGCGGCCACCACUUCUGCGCCAAGUGCAUAUACAACUGGAUUAGGAGACAGAAAUACCAGGCCAAAUGCCCCUACUGCCAGUCCCUGAUCGGCGAGAACACCCUCAUCACUAUACGCUAUGCGAAGACGAAGAAGAACGUACUUUCGUGCAAAUCCUUUGGCGAGCACCGCCGCAAGAUGCGCAUGAGCAAUGAUUGUUUAAGCGAAAACAUCUUUUUGCCGGAGGCCGGCAUGUUCACACGUGGCUAUAUCAAAUAUCCGCCGGACCCUAUGCCGAGGAUCAAACCUUUGCCGCCACAAAUGCUUCAGCAGUGGUCUCGUUAUCCCAUAGUGCGCAUUUUCCUUACACCCUCGCUGCACCAGCGCUUCAUUAACUUCGCCAUCUUCCUGUUCAUGCUGGCCAUGUACCUACACGCGGCAGUGACACCUGAUUUACUGGAGUGGGCCAGUGAGGUGUAGCACACAACAAAUCUCUACUAACAAAUUUUCUUUUGACUUGUUAUUGUCUUAAAUGGAAAAUCUAGUUUCUGUGUGCAGUUCUGUUAGAUUUACCCUCUCACGUAAAUAAAAUGUUCUGUGCGUUGUGGGCAUAA